AUGGCAUCACGCUCGGAGCCGACAGCUUAUGGCACGAGCUCGCUCGCAAGUGACGACCGGCUGAGUGCUCGCUCUGCUGCUCGACGCAAGUGGAUUAGAUGGGGGAUCAUUGGUGCGUCUACGGGUAUAAUCGUCAUUGGAUUGGUGGUUCUGGGAAUCGCUUUCCACUCGACGGGUUCGACUGGGUCCAUUGCAGCACCCAAUGAUGAAGAGAUCAAGUGUUUCCAGAGCUCCUACGUCGACAAUGUGACCGACAUGAUGGAACCGAUCAAAGGCCUUAAGUGGAAGUAUGGGGGCAAGAAGGACACGGAAUCGUUCAUCUCCAUCGACGUUAACACCAAGUUCCAGGAGAUCAUGGGCUUUGGCGGUGCAUUCACGGAGGCAGCAGCGCUGCAGUUCCAUAAACUGCCGAAUGACAAACAAGAGGAGGUGCUAACGCUCUACUUCGACAAGGAAAAAGGCAGUGCGUACAACUUCGGUCGUGUACCCAUGGGGUCCUGUGAUUUCUCAGUGGGAUCGUACAAUUUCGCCGAGACGGAGAAUGACAUGGAACUAAAGGACUUUGAUGUUGACGUGAGCCACGACACGGAGAUGCUGAUCCCAUUCAUCAAGCGUGCGUUGGACCGUCAACCGGGCAUGAAGAUGUUUUUGGCUCCGUGGAGUCCACCAGCUUGGAUGAAGCGAUCGAGUUCCGACUACAACGCCAGCAUGUUGGGGUCAGUGAAGCCUGUCGGACUGAGAGACGACAUGCGCGCUCCCUGGGCUCUGUACUUCUCCAAGUUCAUCACUGCGUACAAGAAACAGGGUAUCGACUUCUGGGGCCUCUCUCCUCAAAACGAGCCCGAGUUCGCAGCGCCAUGGGAAGCCUGCGCAUACAAUCCCGAGUAUGAAGCUGAGUUCAUUGGCGAGUUUCUGGGUCCCGUACUUGAACGCGACCAUCCUGGUCUCACACUAAUGGUGUUUGACCACAACCGUAACAACGUGCAGCACUGGGCUGAAGUGAUCUACAACCACCCCACCGCUAGCAAAUACGUCGAUGGUAUGGCCUUCCACUGGUACGAGGAUGGCGGCGAACGCUACAUGGAUGGUGUGGAAUACCCCGAACAUCUGAACGACACUCACUUCAUCGAUCAAAACCGCUUUAUGCUGGCGUCUGAGAGCUGCAACUGUCCUGGUGUCGCUUUCGGCAAUGACGCGUGGUUCCGUGCCCAGCGUUACGGCCACGAUAUUAUGUCGGAUCUGAACAACCACGUAGCCGGUUGGGUUGACUGGAACUUGCUGCUUGAUCACACUGGUGGGCCGAACCACAAGGGCAAUCUGUGUGACGCUCCCAUCAUCUUGACGAAGGAUGAGACGGAUUUCAUCAUCCAGCCAAUGUUUUACUUCAUCCAGCACUUCUCCAAGUUCAUUCCCGUUGGAUCUCGACGUGUGGAUGUUCACGUUGCAGCUCAGUUUGACAAACCUGGUGACGCACAGUUGUAUGUCGACUAUCAGUCUUCUCUUGCGACUUGUGACGGUAGUUCGCGCCAGACGAUUCACAAGACGGACGACCACAAGAUGCAGGUGACCAACACGCCGUUCUGUCUCAACAUGGUGCCAACUCCGAGCGAAGGACGUGAGAUCCGAUUGGUGGAGUGUCAGUGGACGCAACAGACGUGGACGUUUGAGGAAGACACGCAUCGUAUUCGCGUCGAUGACCACUGUCUGUCAUUGAGUCGUGGCUCGACGGAGAACGGUGUGCGUACUACGGCGGAUAAGUGCGAGGCGGAUGUGGUACCGCACCAGCAGUGGAAGUUCAAUGCGGAAGACGGAACAAUGCGCUCGCAUGCGUCGACGUCGAACCAGUGUGUGACGACGGGAUACUCGUUCGUGCAAGCUGCUGCGUUCGUGACGCCUGAGAACCGCAAGGUGCUGGUAGUGCUCAACGAGAACACAGAGUCGGCGAAGUUCCAGAUGCAGUUUGGUGAUGCAGCGCUAGAUACGUCGGUGCUGCCGGGCGCCAUUCGCACGUACAUCUGGUAA